UUCUGCAUUGCUGCCAUGGUCUCUAGCCCUCCCCCCCGCACCUUCACGCUUGCCUCGCGGGCCUCGCAGCUGGCUCAAAUUCAGACCAACAUCACCCGCGCUGCGCUCGAGACAGCGACCGCCGAUGCGGCUGUCAGCCAGCCCAAGUUUGCGACCUCGUUUAUGAGCACUGCCGGCGACCGCAACCAGACACAAGCGCUAUACACGCUAAACAGCGCAGAGGGGAAGGCGUUUUGGACGAAAGAUCUUGAAGUUGCGCUGCUGGACAAGUCGGUGGACAUGCUUGUCCACUCGUUCAAGGAUGUCCCCACAACGUUGCCGGAUGGCUGCGUCAUUGGCGCGGUGCUGGAGAGGGAGGACCCCGUGGACAGCUUCGUGGUGAAGAAGGGGAAGGAGUGGAAGAGACUGGAGGAUCUGGCGGAGGGCAGUGUCGUUGGCACGAGCAGCGUUAGGCGAAUCGCGCAACUGAAGAGAAGGUUUCCGGGCCUCAAGUUUAUGGAUUGCCGAGGCAACCUCAACACACGUCUGUCUAAACUCGACGCUGACGACAGCCCAUACGCGGCGCUGAUUCUGGCAAAGUCGGGGAUGGUGCGAAACGGAAUGGGCGACAGACUGACGUCCGAUAUUCACCCCCCGACGCUCUUUCAUGCCGUUUCUCAAGGUGCACUGGCGGUGGAAGUCCGGGCCGAUGACGCCGAGGCGCUGGCUCUCUGCAAACUCAUCACACACAGGCCAACCCUUCUCCGAUGCACGGCAGAACGCGCAUGUCUACGCGUGCUUGAGGGUGGUUGCAGCGUGCCUGUGGGAGUGCAAACAGCGUUAACAGAAGACGGAGAGUUGGAGAUGACUGCUUGUGUCACUGGUCUCGACGGGAAAGAACACGUCCAACACACGCUCAAACGCAAGGUCGAGAGUGAGCAAGAUGCACAGAAGGUCGGGGCCGAGAUUGCCAAACUGCUGGUCGACUCUGGUGCGGCGAAAAUUCUGCAAACGAUCAAGGAAGAUAGAGAAAAGCGCACAGCGUAG